GGCUACCUGGUAUACCUACCUUACUGCAGUCAGUUUCACGUGAGCCAUGGCGCAGAUAGAACAUCCUGCUGUGACCAACUUCCGUAAUUACAUCAGGAUAAAAACUGUUCAGCCCAACCCAGACUAUGCAUCUUGCACCAAAUUCCUGGAAGGACAAGCUAAGGAGCUUGGUGCUGACUGCCAGGUUGUGGAGUGUGUUCCAGGGAAGCCCAUCGUGUUGAUGACAGUGGUGGGACAGGAUCCGGAUCUACCUUCCCUCCUCCUCAAUUCUCACACUGAUGUUGUGCCAGUGUUUCCUGAACAUUGGAAGUAUGACCCAUUCAGUGCUCACAAAGAUGAAAAAGGGGACAUCUAUGGACGUGGCACACAGGACAUGAAGUGUGUUGGGAUACAGUACCUUGAGGCUCUGAAAUACCUAAAGAAAGAAGGGCAUAAGUUCCUCAGAACAAUUCAUCUUUCUUUUAUGCCAGAUGAGGAGAUUGGUGGAAUAGAUGGCAUGGCAGAAUUUAUAGAAACUGACAUCUUCAAAAAACUGAAAGUUGGCUUUGCCUUGGAUGAGGGGUAUGCUAACCCAACUGAGAAGUACACUGUGUUUUAUGGAGAAAGAACAGUACUAUGGGUAUAUGUUAAGUGCCCUGGUCAACCCGGUCAUGGAUCACAGUUCCUACCCAACACUGCAGGAGAAAAACUUCAAAGGGUGAUCAACUCCUUCCUUAACUUUCGUAGCCAACAAAAACAAUUACUGAAGGAAGACAAGGACCUGAAUCUUGGAGAUGUUACCAGUGUCAACCUCACAAUGCUGCAGGGUGGUGUCCAGUUUAAUGUGGUACCUUCAGAGCUCUGUGUUGGCUUUGAUGUUCGUGUCACCCCUACAAUAGGUGAAAACAAAUUUGAAGACAUGAUCAAAAGUUGGUGCAAAGAAGCAGGAGAUGAUGUUACCUAUGAGUUUAAACACAUUGCUCCUGGCAGUCAUUCAGAAAGCAAGGAUGAAUAUCCAAACUUAACAUGUGUAGAAGAUGGCAAGAAUCCAUGGUGGGAUGCUUUCUCUCAAGCUUGUAAAGAUGAAGGUAUAAAACUUGUGAAACAAAUAUUUCCUGCUGCCACAGACUGCAGGUUCCUAAGGAAGGUCAACAUCCCAGCUCUUGGGUUUUCCCCCAUGAAUAAAACUCCAAUCUUACUCCACCACCACAAUGAAUUCCUCAAUGAGAAGAUAUUUAUGCGUGGCGUUGAGAUUUACACCACCAUUAUUCCUACUCUUGCCAACUUGAAGAUAUAAAGUUAUGUUCUUUAUGGCAGCAUAGCAAAUGGGUCAACAGAUUUUGUUCUUGUACUUUCCAGAUAUCUCCAUUUUAUAAUGAAUUGUAUAUAUAUAUUUUUAAAAUCAAUAAUUGCAACAGUUUAUCUAAGUAUGCAGUAAGGUAGGUAUCCAAGUGUGUUAGCAUUUUGUACAUGCCAUUACUGAAAUUCGUGGUGACAGAUUCGCUAAGUUUAAUGAGACUAGAUUCUAUAAUGUUCCUACUGAUGAUUGAAUUAUAAGGUAAUAUUGAGGAGGCAUUAUCCCAGUCAAUGCAAUGCUUAUUAUCUCUCAUAUGAAUGAACAGAGCAUUGGAUUCUUGGCCUCUCCGAACACUAUAUUUAUGCUGUUUAAGUCUAGUUACAAGAUCUUUUCCUGUCUGGCCUAAGUAGAACUUACUGUAUUAAAUUCCUUGAAAGGAACCUUGGAAAUGCAGGUGGCUAUAUUUACAAGGUUCCUGCAUUGCAGGUGGCUGCAUUUACAAGGUUCCUGCAUUGCAGGUGACCGCAUUUACAAGGUUCCUGCAUUGCAGGUGGCCGCAUUUACAAGGGUCCUGCAUUGCAGGUGGCCGCAUUUACAAGGUUCCUGCAUUGCAGGUGGCCGCAUUUACAAGGUUCCUGCAUUGCAGGUGGCUGCAUUUACAAGGGUCCUGCAUUGCAGGUGGCCGCAUUUACAAGGGUCCUGCAUUGCAGGUGGCCGCAUUUACAAGGUUCCUGCAUUGCAGGUGGCCGCAUUUACAAGGUUCAUGCAUUGCAGGUGGCCGCAUUUACAAGGUUCUUGCAUUGCAGGUGGCUGCAUUUACAAGGGUCCUGCAUUGCAGGUGGCCGCAUUUACAAGGGUCCUGCAUUGCAGGUGGCUGCAUUUACAAGGGUCCUGCAUUGCAGGUGGCUGCAGGGUUGUUCCAAGAGUUCACAAUUCUCACUCUGAAAAGGUUCCCCCUCACAGUUUUCUGAACUUGUGGUUUCUUCAACCUUAAGCUGUGACCCCUUGUGGAGUGGACGUCAGUUCGUCUACAAAUAUUUUGUUGUUUGAAAACUGUUAAGUAAUGUUACUCUUUUUUUUCUUAUUUUUUUAUUGUCAUCAAACUGUGGCUAUACUGUAUGUGUUUUAUUUUAAAUAAAUGAUAGAUUUGUCUGGCAAAAAACAUUUUGAGGGGUUGAUUGAAUCAUAAAUAUAAUAAUACAUAUCCUACUUUGGAAAAAAAAAAUGUGGUACCUGUUCCUAAAAUUUAUGUGAACGUGAUGUUUGAGCCAGAAAAUGCAAAUUAGCAACUGAAAAAUUAUUUACUGGGUAAUUAAAAGAAAAUUCUAAA